AUGCAGCUGUUUGUCUGUGCGCAGGCUCUACAGAACCUUGAGGUGACCGGGCAGGAGACCGUCACCCAGAUCAAGGCCCAUGUGGCAUCCCUAGAGGGCAUUGCCCCUGAGGAUCAGGUCCUGCUUCUAGUUGGCUUCCUGCUGGAGGAUGAAUCCAUCUUGGGGCAGUGUGGGUUGGAGCUGCUGUCCACUCUGGAAGUGGCUGGUCAAAUGCUAGGAGGUAAAGUCCAUGGCUCUCUGGCCCAAGCUGGAAAAGUGAGGGGUCAGACUCCCAAGGUGGCUAAGCAGAGGAGGAGGAGGAGGAGGGCGGCCAAGAGGAGGAUGCAGUACAACAGAUGA